GCACCGGACCGGAAGUGCUUGUGUCAAGUUUGCAGUAUUUCUCCCAGGUUCAGAGUCAGUAGAUCAGAAACAUCUCUCCACACUUGUUGUUGUUUCAUCCCAGUUUAACUCCGACUCCCAGACCCGCCGUUAUAAACUCGGUCUAAACGAUGGCUCAGUACGAAGUAGUGAACGUGCGCGGAUAUGAAGAAUUCUGCCACGCUGUGUCUCAGAGGAAAGGAAAAGACAUUUUUGCUUAUUUCUCUGGUGAUAAAGACGCUCAGGGAGCGAGCUGGUGUCCAGACUGUGUGAAAGCUGAGCCCGUGGUGAGAGGAGAGAUGAGUCAUCUUCCUGAAGGAUCUGUCUUCAUCUACUGUCAAGUUGGAGAAAGAGCUUAUUGGAAGGAUCCAAGUAACGACUUCAAGAAGACUCUGAAGUUGAGUGGAGUUCCCACCCUACUGAGAUAUGGCACACCUCAGAAGUUGGUGGAGGACGAAUGCUUCAAAUCAGAGCUGGUGAGGAUGAUGUUCACUGAGGACUGAGGGAUCCUGUGCUGCUUACAUACAUCACUCAUGAAGCAUUCAAGACUUCUUCUCUGUUGAACAGCUGCCACCAUUCAGUUUCAGCACCACUGCAUUAUUGAAUAUCGAUACCCAUUCACCAGACGUAUCUCCCUAUGUAACUUGAUACAAAUCAUCAACUGUACAAUUGAAUUAAUGAUCAUCGCUUUUAAUAAACAGCCAUUCCAUUCAUUCUAUACUGGAACAACAGAGCAGAUGUAACUCUCACUUGUUUUGCUCUGUGUACAAUCAGUCAGUCCUGGGGUUGACACAUUUCUUCUCAUGUAAUGUUAGUGUAAGACACUACGUAGUUAUAAGAAUAUCUUGGAAUUGUCUUUAUUGUGACCAUUUAAUGUGAUUUUUUUUUUUUGCCUUACAAAAAGACUUGAAUAAAGUGACACUCGGUGUUGAACAUUUGUGGCAGAACAA